UGUCACUCUCUACGUGUAUUCGUUGGACCAACCAUCCCAUCGCAUCAGUUCUGUUAUCGGCCUGGACUUUGAUGGUUCCAUUUGUCUCCAGCGAUGCUGAGCUGUGAGGAUGAAAUCUUUUUCGAGCUCUGUCAUCAAUAAGUCGGGCAAGAAAUUUGCUCCAAAGGCGCCUGUCCGACGCGCCCCUCCGGCCCCUUCUGCCACCCCAGCACCACCGCGAAGACAUAACGUCGGGGGCCCGAAACCCGAUUCAGCGCCAUCCAAAUCUGUGACAGCCAUCCCCGUUCCGGUUUCCAAGCGUAAGGCAUCUUUCUCGGCUCCCACACGGCGCGUGACUGUUGAAGAAGCACCUGCGCCGUCUCAGUCUCUCGCGCAUCACAACACCAAUACCGAGCGCUUACCCACAAAUCUCGACGCGAAUGGGCCAGAGAAACAAAGGGAAAUUGUUCAAAGUAUCGAAGACACUCAAAACCUUGUGAGCUGCGAUGACGCCUCGACACCUGCGGCUAGUUCUCAGAAACUUCCACCUGUUGAGGCCGCUACAGAGAUCCGCCCAUCCAAGCGCUUGAAACUGACUCAAGAAUCGUCGACAACAUCCACCCGUCCUACUCUUUCACCAUCCCAUGUCAUUACUCCCCCAUCUACCCAACCCCCGACGGUUGAAGAAACUACAGAAGUUACCGACGGAGCUGAAUCGCAAGCAAACGCCGACCAGACCCGAAGAGCGUCGAAGUCGCGAGGCAGAAGGGCGAGCCGCGUCUCGAAUGUUGAAGAUGCCGCGGGCAAGGUGAAGAGGAAGCAACAGCGGUCUCGCAAAAAGCGCGAACCAACACCUGAAGGAGCGGAUCUCAUCGAAAUCGCCCCAGCAGUUGUCAAAAUGUCGGAAUUGUGCAAGGAUUUACGAACAGGGAGAAUGUCUAAGCGGGAAACUGAAUUGCGCAACAUGGAGCUCGCUGAGCAGGAACGCAAGCGAGCUCAACAAGAGGAGGAGAGCCAAGCGCCAGUCCCUCUCAAACCGAGCGCGGAAGCUACAUCCCCCGGGGCGGAACCUGACAUCGACCUCGACAAGAAGCCGCAGGCCGGUCCUGUGAUGCGAAUCGUGAAUGGAGAGAUUGUGCUUGAUGCCGCUUCCCUCCAGGUCGACCGUUACGCAGAUGCGGCGAGAAAUGCGGGGGAGCUGGAGGAUGUGGUGGAAAGCUCUCUUACUCGGAAGAUCAACCAAGCUACAUGGGGAAAGCGGUCCAAGACAGAAUCAUGGGAUGAAGAGAUGACGGAUCUAUUUUACAGAGGCUUGCGAAUGUUUGGCACCGAUUUCAUGAUGAUCAGCAAGCUGUUCCCCGGAAGGUCGAGACGUCAGAUCAAGCUGAAAUUCAACAACGAAGAGCGGCGCGCUCCAGAACGAAUCAAGGAAACACUGUUGGGUCCGCGGGAAACAGUUGAUAUCACGACGUAUUCCGAAAUGACCAAUACUGUGUAUGAUGACCCCAGAGUGGUUCAGCAAGAGUUGGAUGAAGAGAAGAAACGGAUUGAGGAACAACACGCAAAGGAAAAGCAGGCUCAGGAGGAUUUGCUUCGAAAUCCAGACGGCGCGGCUGGUGGUGCAGCAGCACCAGGGCUGGAUAACGCCAAUAACGUGCCCGUAAAGGGCAAACGAAACAACAAAAGACAGGCGAUGAGAGCUAUGGGAGGCGGAACUGAAGAAGUGAUUGGCACGAUUGAUGACCUUCCUUGA